UGGCCACGUUCAACCAAGUUGGGAUCAUAUGAGCGGGAAGAUGGCGGCGACAGCGAUGGGGCAGUCGACGGACGAUGGCACGUUUGUGGAAGUGAUGUACUCGGAGAUCUACCGAAGCAUCGGCCUGGGUCUCCGCGUUGAGCGAGCCAUGGAGAGCGGCAUCGGCGCGUUGGUGGUGUCGAGCUCAUUGCAAGCGCCGCCUGGGGCGCGUGCGCUCCCUCCGUACCAGUAUCGGGUGUGGACCAUCGGCAACAUGAAUGUAUCGGGGGCAAUGUUCAAGGACAUUGAAGGUCGCAUCAACCUCCUCGGCGCGUCCUUCCCCAUGUCGGUCACGUUCAAGCGCGUGGAUCCGCUGUUCACCCUCGAGUACCCGUCGCACUCCCCGAAACUGAACCUGAAGAUCAUCCAGCACGCCGCCACGUCAUCCACGACCGAUCCCACUGCCCCUAGUCCAAGCAGCAGUAUCUGCAAGAUCGUCGAGUACAUCCGACCGUUCCUAUUCCUUGGCGAUGUUCCAUCGUUGAACACGGGGCACCAUGUUCUCAACUCGAUCAACGAUCAGUCUCUGGAAGGUUUGCAGUACCACGAAGUACGUUGUCCCCAAACUACGUCCAUCCUUCACGAGACAUUCCGUUGCGAUAGGUCGUCGAGUGCAUACGCUAUGCCACGUUUCCCCUGAAAAUCACAGUCAAGUUGCAGCCCAACCAGGAAGUCCUGAAUAAAGCGCGCGCCGACGCCGACAUGCAUGACAAGAUCCAAAUCGAUGCAUGCCGCGCCAAGUUCCUCACGUGCAACUGCGCGCACUGCUCCACCAUUCGUGUGCUGUUAGGAAAUGCCUCCGUCUACACGGACCAAGUGUACCCGUAGUAGGCUUGUAGUUCGCGCAGAUAUAAGACUUAUGAAAGGACACUACACCCGAAUGAACACUCCUACUGCAACAACAUGAAUAGUAUUCCCA